GUCGGGUCCAAAGUCGUAGGCGGCUAUCUCGAGAGUCGUGCGAGAAUUUCUCAAGGUGGGCGGCUCCGGCAACGCUUCCGUGGAUCCGAUUCCGAACGACCCGCGAGCAUUCCAUUCCUCCCUAGUCCGAGAGGGAUUGGAGGCAGGUGGGAGCAGACCUACAGGUAGGUUGUAGAGGUAACUUGGUUGACGAUCGGAGCAUAUCCCAGAGGGAUCCAGAGCUAGGGACUGGGCCUUGCCCCUGCCUUGCGUGCGUCGAACAAGAACUUCAUAACCCAUAGAGAGAGACACCUCUACAUGUACUAGAGUUGCCGCAGACACUCACUCCAUGUCCUCGCUGAGAGAGAGCUGAUUCACUCAUCCUUUCGACCCUUCUCUCUCAUUACACACGCCGCUACCUUGCCCGGCCAAACCCAAAUCACCGGUAACACUCCAUUGCAACCUACGCAAUGCGGUGGUUUACUUUGGCGGUGGCCGCUGCCGCCACCGUGACUCAGGUCACGGCAAAAGCUGUGUUUGCCCAUUUUAUGGUUGGCAACACAGAGAACUACACAACAAGCGACUGGCUGGAUGACAUGCGUCAAGCCAAGAAGGCACAUAUUGAUGCCUUCGCCUUGAACAUGGCCCACGGCGAAGAGACCAACGAGAAGUCGCUCUCGGCCGCGUUUUCCGCCGCCGCGAGUGAGGGCAUGCAGCUCUUCUUCUCGUUCGACUACGCCGGCAACGGGCCCUGGCCCAAGGAAACGGUGAUCGAAUACAUCACAAAGUAUGGUUCAAGCGGCGCCUAUUUCCACCACAACGGCAAGCCUUUUGUUUCGACUUUUGAAGGACCCGACAACGCCGACGACUGGAUUGAUAUUAAGAGCCAAACGUCCUGCUUCUUCAUGCCCGACUGGUCUUCUCUGGGGGCCAAGAAGGCAAUGGCUGCCGGAGGCGGCGUCGCUGACGGGCUCUUCUCAUGGGCAGCAUGGGCGUGGGGAGACUGGGACAUGUACACGUACACGGAUGCUUCGUACGCCCAGUACAUGAACGGAAAGCCGUACAUGAUGCCGGUUUCGCCCUGGUUCUACACCAACCUGCCUGGGUACAACAAGAACUGGCUCUGGCGCGGCGACCGAGCGUGGGGUGACCGCUGGAUCCAGGCGCAGUGGUGGCAGCCCGAGUUCAUCCAGAUCAUCUCGUGGAACGACUACGGCGAGUCCCACUACAUCGGUCCGGUUCGGAAGCACGCCAUGGAAGCUUUCGACAUUGGCAGGGCUCCGUACAACUAUGCCACCCUACCUCAUGAUGGCUGGCGUGAUAUCCUGCCGUUUGUCAUUGACAUGUACAAGAACAACGUCGCCACCAUUGACCAUGAGCGGCUCGUGGCCUGGUACACAUUGGUCAAUCCAUCCAGAUGUGACCACAACGGAACAGUCGCCAAUACCGCUUCUCAGCUGCAGCAGGAAUUCGAACCCGACGAGGUAAUGGACAACAAGAUCCAUUUCGCUGCCUUGCUGAAGGGCAAACCAGACAAGGUUAUCUGCGACGUUGGCGGCGACACCACCGUCGGUAAGGUCUACCAGGGUCCCGACAACGACGGGACCGGCAUGUAUCUGGGUGAAUGCGACGUUGGAGGAACCGGGACAGUCCGAGUCAUCGUCACAAGAGGCCAGGUGACCAUGACCGUCUUUGGCGACGCAAUCUCAGGCGACUGCUCGAGAUGGAACGGUUUCACAAACUUCAACGCGCAUGUGGCUAGCACGCUUUCCACGGCAGUCAUCAACGCUCAAGCGGCAGAUAUCAGCCAGGCUGUCUGCGUCAACGGAACCGGCAUGCAUGUUGUCAAGGACCUCUGCGAGUUCACCUGCUCUUUGGGAUACUGCCCCCAGACUGCCUGUGUCUGUACUCGGCUGGGCAAGCAACCUACUUUGCCCAAGCCCACGGGCGUCCAGGGAUAUCCCAAGGGAAACCUAGACGCAAGUGUCUCGGGGCUGUGUUCCUUUGCCUGCAACUACGGCAACUGCUCCGACUUUCGCCAAUACUGCUCCACUACCGAAUUCCCACUCGUAGUUCGGCCGCAGUCCCUUUUCGAGCCGCUAUACUGUGACGGCGGCGCGGCCCGGGAGGGACAGGAAUACUUUGAUGAGCUUUGUAGGUUCACCUGCAAGCAUGGGUAUUGCCCGAUCAGGCGCUGCAUCUGUUCCGUCGGCUGGGGAUUCGCCAACAUCCUCGACCCCAACACAACGUCCACCGCCAAGCCUCUAUCUGGCGUGGACGACUAUGGCCUCUGCAGCUUCGCCUGCCAGCGUGGUUUCUGUCCAGAUGACGUUUGCUAUGAGAAUGGCGAGUUCGACGACUGGUGGCUCUGGGGCGAGUACUAUGACCCGAUUGAGGACAUGUACAUGGAUGACGACGACAUUGAAAGCCUAGGCUGCGACCCCGCCAAGGCGCCGCGGACGUUGGACGAUCUUGUCAAGGCGGUUGACACUGGGUCAAGUCAUUCCAUAUGCUGGAAUCAGUGGGCGCUGGAGAUCCUGUUUCAAACGCUUUUGGGCAUCGGAAGCGAGUAUCAAGAGAGCCUCAAGGGAUAUGACAAACUGUUUUCGACUUAUGAAAAAUAUAUCAGGGAGAGCGUCGGCCCGCAGCUGGAGAAGUUCGCCCAUCCAGGAAGUAUGAACUCGCCCGGACUCAAGUACUUUGACUGUGUGGUGUCAAUAAACGGAAAGAAGUACAGUGAUAAACAGGGUUGUCAGUACAUUGUCUUGGAGAGGCUACCGGUUGAUAACUGGCACAUCGACUAUACCUUGCGUGAUGAAAAGGGUUUUUAUGCCGAGGUCGACGAGAAACUGGGAAUAGCGAGGGAAUGGAUCACUUUCGGCGAGUGGAAACUUGAGAAACAGUGCGACGACGACAUGGUUGGUGACGAUGGAGCUCAUAUCCGCCCGGGCACUAGACCCAGGCUCUGCAAACCGAAGGUCACGAGCAUGAGCAACUUUCCUAUAGCUAUCGACGAGGACAAAAUCGAGGUCCCCAACCCCAAAGUGGUGAUGGAGGCGGCCAUGGCCAACAUGACAAGUCUGGUUGACAGCCUGCAAAUCGGGCACUUUCUGGUGGCUACCGCCACCAACGAAGUCGAAAGCGCAGACAUUGUCACGGCGGCCAGCAUGCCCGUUUUCAUGCUACAACAAGCCGUCGAUGCCAUGAACAACAUCAAGAAGACGGGAGCCGAUAUCAUCAAGCAAAACAAGAAGAAUCUCAUCACCUUAAUCCUGAGUAUCGUGUUGAUGGUGAUUCCCAUCAUUGGCGAGUUUGGCGGAGCCCUGUUUGGUGGAAUGGCCAUGAUCGCACGCAUCAUUACCCUGAUCGACAUUGCGGGCAACGUGGGAAUGACUGCCUAUGACAUUGUCGAGGACCCGGGGUCGGCGCCCUUUGCCAUCAUGGGCAUGUUGAUGGGAUUCGCAGGAGGUACAAGGUCCGAGAAGAGCCUGGCGGAGGCUGGCAAAGUACGCAAGGCCAUGCCUGACUCUGCCGUUACAAAGCUCGGCAAAGUCUUUACCGAGAAUGACAGGAAGGUUCAGAAAAUCGUCAAUGCCUGUAGGGGGAAAAGGUAGGGGGUUAGAUUGAGCGAAACGGCAGAAAGGAAUCGGAAGACGGGCACCUUACAUGGCUAGAAAAUAAGUAGCAGGAUCAAGAACUUCACGAGCCCAAGAGAUGUCGUCGAUGAUCAAGAUGGGGAUACCUGUCCAGCAAGGUGUGGUGAGUGAUGUCGCGAGGUCAGAGUCCGUGAGAUUCGCCCAAAAUGGGAAUAAAAGAAAUGGAUAGGUGAGGCUUGCGGGUGGAAAGAGUUCGAAUCUGAUUCAGGCUCAAUUGUUGCAGCAAUAUCCCGGACCCCUUUUAGGAGAACAGUGGCUACUAUCAAUAUGAUCA